AGCAAAGACAGAAGUCAAUUUGCGCGCACGCACAUCGUUAUGAGCUGCCGCGCCUGCGUCCUCCCGUGCCGUCCUACUGGACUCUCACUGAACAGAGCUGAAUCCAGCUACAAGUUCUGUUAAAUAGCCGGAUAUUAUGUACAGUGAACUUUUAAAGGAGGAGCCCUUUCUUGACCUCUCAGAUAGUAGUGUGGAGCAAAGAAGAACAUAAUUUCAUCAAAACUGUAGUGGUGUGCUGAAGAUUGUGUUGUUUUAAAUAAGGACCGAGCUCUAAGAGAGAGAGAGAGAAUAAUGGCUGGAUGUUGCAUGUCUGCGGAGGAGAAGGAACGGCAGAGGAUAAAUCAGGAGAUAGACAAACAACUUAGGAAGGACAAGAAAGACUCCCGUAGAGAACUCAAACUGCUGCUGCUGGGCACAGGUGAGAGUGGCAAAAGUACCUUCAUAAAACAGAUGAGGAUCAUUCAUGGCUCUGGAUAUACUGAUGAAGAUAAGAAGGGCUUUGUUAAGCUCAUCCACCAGAACACCCUCAGUGCCAUGCAAUCCAUGGUCAGAGCUAUGGACAUGCUAAAGAUUGCUUAUGCUAACUCAGAGAACCAGGGUCAUGGUGCAUUGGUGAAUGAUGCUGAGGUGGAUAAGAUCAUGACUUUGGAACCAGACCAAGUGAACGCCAUCCGCAGUCUAUGGAAUGAUGCAGGGAUUCAGGAAUGCUACGACCGCCGUCGAGAGUACCAGCUAACCGACUCUGCCAAAUACUACCUGAGUGAUCUUGAUCGGAUUUCAGAUGCAGGGUACGUCCCAACGGAGCAGGACAUUCUGAGAGCUAGGGUUCCAACCACAGGUAUCAUUGAGUAUCCGUUUGAUCUGGAGAACGUCAUCUUCAGGAUGGUGGAUGUCGGGGGCCAGAGGUCAGAGCGCAGGAAGUGGAUCCACUGCUUUGAGAAUGUCACCUCUAUCAUCUUCCUGGUGGCUCUGAGCGAGUAUGAUCAGGUUCUCGCUGAGUGUGACAAUGAGAAUCGCAUGGAGGAGAGUAAAGCUUUGUUUAAAACCAUCAUCACAUAUCCCUGGUUCCAGCAGUCGUCUGUGAUUCUCUUCCUGAACAAAACAGACAUCCUGAAAGAAAAGAUCGUCCAUUCUCACCUGGCCACCUACUUCCCUGAAUUCACAGGCCCCCAGAAUGAUCCAAAGCCAGCACAGGAAUUUAUUCUUAAGAUGUACCAGGAGCAAAACGAGGAUAAAGACAAAUCCAUCUACUCCCACUUCACUUGUGCCACUGACACGGAGAACAUCCGUCUGAUCUUCGCCGCGGUGAAAGACACCAUCCUCAGACACAAUCUAAAAGAGUUCAACCUGGUUUAAAAUCCACAUUUAGUCUCUUUCCUGAAGGCGAAUCCCUAGCCCUACUCUCUGAAAGCCCUUCCUCCAGAUCUGACGUUGAGUAGUUAUCCGUCACAUUAUAUGCACAUUAUUCUACUGUUGCUAAAGAACUUUGAGGAAUGAAUUAAAGGAAGGGCUCAAUGGAGUAGAUCUGGACUGGGUUCUUUAAAACAAGCCUUAAUCUACCAUUACAUGGACGAAGUGUAUUUUUAAGUCCUGUUUAGAUCCUCUUAGGCUACAUCUAGAACAGACGAAGUUGUGGCUGUUUUGUUCUUUCUGCGAGUAGAAGUUAUUAUGGAGGCUACUUAAUAGAUUUAAGGCGCAUAUAAAGACGAAAGACAUUUUUGCUCGUUUUACUGAUGUAGUUGAUCAAAGUCUCAAGGACACCUUGCAUAAGAUCAUUUAAAUGGCAAAGUAGAGGAAAAGAGAGCAAGCAUGCCCUGCAGGUGCCUUGUGUAGUUAAUGUCACAUGCACCUGAAUCAUUAGUCAUUAGAAGGAAUUCAUAUAUAUAUAUAUAUUUAUCACUGUAAAAUAAUAUUGACUAUUUGUUUUAAAGGAUGUGAUGGUUUUAUUGUAUAACAGUUUACAUUGUAAAUAACAUUUACAAUCAUUUUGAACAUAUGCAUAGUCUAUAAUAAAUAAUAAAUGCAAAAUGAAACAUAUCACAGGGCAAACUUCCAUAUCACAAAGAUAAACUUUUUUUUUUCUUCACAUUUAUUAUCCGCAGCCACUAAACAGAGUUAUAAUUUCAUUCUUUACUUUAACACUAGUACUGUAUGUGUACUAGAAGUGGAGAACAAGUUGUAGUGAACACCUGAAGUGCCUUUGAACUGUAAUGCCUUUGAUAAUAUUUAUUAAAUGGGAAUAUAAAGCUUAUACAGAUAUGUCUUGUUUUAUUACUUAUCAAAAUCCAUAAAAGGAUAACUCUAUUCUUCUUGGAUAAUUGUAAAAGGAGGAUAAAUGGUGAUGGAAAAUUCUAAUGCAAACAUAAACAGCCUACAGUUAUGGUGCGUUUGCAUUCACGUCAUGUCGGAAUUACCGUAAUUUCGAUAUUCCGACCUGAUUAGUUCAUGGAAGUUUUUGCACAGUUGGAAACUCAAAAUUCUAUGAAAACUCCAACUUGACUUCAUGUAAAAUGAACCGCAAUGUUUGAAGUUAAAGGUAGUUUCCAUAUAUUUAUUUUUGAUUAAAAUUUUUAUUACAGCGACUGUUACCUGGAGUUUUCUUAAUUCCUAAACAUUUUGGAUAACUAAACAUUGUAUGAGUGUUGCCAUGGAAACUAAUAUUUCCCCAGAUCCGAGAACUUACAGUAAUUUUUCUGACAGGAUGUGAAGGCAGCAUUAGAUUACUGGGCGGAACAUUUUUGUAUUCUGAUCAGGGACUAAAAGUGUCCAAAGCCUCUCCAAACAAAUAAAACAUAAUAAUUGUACAUAAAAUCUAAUUACACAUGCAAACACAACAAUGACUUAUGGUUUGCUCUCUCUCCAAAGCAUGCAGGCAGGAGUAACGAGAUCUCAUUCGGUUCCAUUCUGUGUCAUCAUUGAGUCUGUGUCAUGUACUUUGCGCCAUCUCCUGGUAGCCAUAUGUAAUUAGAGUGAAUGAUCCUCUCUGCCCAUAUUUGGAUGACUUCCAGCUCUGGUUGCAGCUAUCUGAAUCCUAAUAUGAUUGGUUUAGUGUUCCAUGACACUGGACAAUUACUACAUAUUUCAAAUGAAGUCAUGUGAUCCAGGACAGCGAAUGCGUUUUUAGCCAGAUAGCACAUUAUGUGCUGUGUGCAAAUUGUGCUUUGUGUGGAUUAUCUACUGAUCUAUGCAUCUGCUUGUGUUUUGUAUGGGCUUGUUUAAAAUAUAAUCAACUCCCCUAAGUUAUGGUAUGUGGUGUUAUGUUAUAAUUGAAAACGUGGCAACACCUGUUUAUAUGAAACAUGUAUGUCAAAGACAUGUAUUUAGCUAUUACUCGCUAUAUUUUUGUCUGAGUAAAACAAAUAAAUAUUUUGAUAAAUUCUCUUUGAGAACUUUUCAACAACAUAUGACACAUGGCUAUUUGAUCAGUUUGAGGUUUUUACAGAUUAAAAUAUAAGAUAGUAUGUGCAGUGUAAACUUAUUAAUAAAUGAUCAAAGCAGAACACUUCUGAGUUGUCUGCAAAUUUUAAAGCACUUGUUCAGUUUUGGUCAUAAAGCCUAUGCAUUGUAAAGUAGAGUUUCUAAGCUUUAAAACGAUACCUGUUUUGUGUUGGUCAAGACUGUAGUUAUUAAAAUUUUUAUAAUGUUUUAUAAACUAUUUAUUGUGUUUAUAUUUAUCUUUUACCUUUAGAACUAUUUUCUUUGGUGGAGCAAAUAUAAACAAAAUAGCCGAGCAUACUGUGUCUGACAGGUCAGUUACUUCAUUAACUUCAUGUUUAUAUGACGGUUGUAUUAAAGCAAUAGGGUGAUUCUCAUGAAACCUGUCUAGGAAAUGUCCUUGUCAUAUUUAACCCCAAAAAUAAAAAUAAUAUAAUAAUAAUACUUUGCAUAAACAAAAUUAUGCAUACAUUUAGGAUCAUUACGUUUUUUUGCAUUGUGACAUUUUCAGGACACUAUGCUCAAUUCUAUUUACUGUAAU